AUGGCGAAAGUAUCGCAACCAGAACUAAAGCGCUUCCUGGACAAGCGUAUCGCUGUCAAUAUCCAGGGUGGUCGCAAGAUUCAGGGCACUCUCCGCGGGUUCGACAUGUUUCUCAACCUCGUCGUCGAUGAAGCUAUCGAACAGGUGCAUCCCGAAGCGGGCAAUCCAAACGUCUGGCAAGAUGGAGAUCGAUGCGGAACAGUCGUAGUGCGAGGAAACAGCGUUACAUCCCUCGAGGCACUAGAGAACGUCAAAACAAGGUGA